AUGGAUACGGCAGAAUGGGACAUAUACUUCACACAAGACUUGAUAUUUCUAACAAGAGCCGUGUCCGGGUUUCAGGCUCUAAUGAACUCAGACUUUGACAGAAACAGAGUCUCGUUGCGGGCCAAUGAGGCCAGUCUGAUUGUUGGCAAAAGAGGCGGGGCUGGCCCCGCAAAACACACAUUCAUCACUUCCCCGUCAAGAACAACGCAGGCAGAACAUCACUUACCAUUUGCGAUUGGCCAUAACAAUGCGAAAGGAGUUACGCCAGACCCCACAGACAGUCUGAUAGACGACAACGUUUUUUUGGAGGAUACAGAUAUCGGGUACAUAGACCCCUUACAAGUGAGUGUGAAGUUUCACGAGCUGCGAACGUCUUCAGACGACGUUGUUUUUGAUUCCUCACUCAUAAGCGGGCCUAAAAAGGGAUAUGUGGGUGAAUUGCAAUGCUUGGAGGGCAGUACGAAGAAAUUGAAUUUCAUUCUGAAGGAAAAACCUCAGUCAGCCAAUUCUGUGGGCACGGGAACAGCAGCAAAUAUCAAUACCAAUAACACAGUCUCGAUUCUAUCAGGCCCGCUUCAGGCCUUGCUGAACUUAAAGAUACGGAGCCCUGCGUUGAUAAGGUUGAGAAAGAAAGAAGAUGUUCAAGCGGAUGUAGUGGAGAUUUUCAUCAAGGACCUCUACCUGUCCCGUGGGGACAUGUGGAGUAUAAGCUCAUUUUUGGUGGGAACAUGUCUCUACAAGUCUCAGAAAGUUUCCUUUAUAGAUAGCUCCAUCAGAGGAACGAUUGGAGGUCUUUAUAGGAACGGAAGGAAGGUAUUCUCGUGCUAUGUUGGAGAGGAUACCAAAGUGGUAUUCCGCUCAGAGUCCUCAAGGUUGAUUUUUUUCAUUCAGAUAUCCAGUGAGAUGUGGCAUUUCGAAGAGAGUGGUCAGCAGAUGUUCUACAAGUUGAUGAACUCAUUAUUUCCCAAGAUCUUCAAGAGAUGGAAGGAGAUGGGGACGCAUCAUCUGAUCACAAUAGUGCUGUUCAGUAGUGUUGAUCUUGGGGAUGGUCAAUGGACAGACCUCCAGCCUGGCGAGAGACCACCGAGCAGGAAGGACUUUUACAGGGUAGUGGUGGAUCAGGUGAAUAUUGUUAUGUGGAGUGAAAUCAUGGGAACUCUGCGCUACGAGUUUGCAAAUUUCAUGAAAGAUAUCAGACUUCGGAAGAACGAAGCCAGGACCAAUAGCCACCCGGAAGAAUACACGAUAGAAGGAAGGUUCCUGCCUGCAGUCAAGGGAAAUUUGCUGGAGGCUGUGAACCUGGGAAUGAGCUUGGUGGUGGACCAUUUCAGAGACCCAGAUCUUCGUCACACCACGAACCAUUUUGUGAUAAUAUCCCCUGGAACAGGCAUUUACGAUGUUGAUUAUGACGUCCUUAUAAAUACCAGCAAAAAGAUGUCUUUCAUUGACUCAACGAUAGAUGUCAUUUGUCUGAGUCAGCCUCCAUUGCAUGUCGUGCCAUUAUUCAGAUACAGAGACAAUCAUGGAAAACUGAAUCAUUGUAUACCCAGUUGGAUGGAUAUUUCGUUUUGGAAUGAUUCAAUGCAAUCCGUCAACCAAUGGAUGCCUCGCUGCAAGAUCUAUGAAAUCCAAAUGAUGGGUGUAAUGGAGACAGAAACCAACGCAAUCACGAUCGAGCCGUUGACGUACAAGGGCGUCAAGAAGUCCAUUCUGGAUGCGAUGAACGAUCACGAUGCGGGGAUCUUUUCCGAUGCUAGGGACAACAGGGUCUUGAGUUUCUCCAAGUCCAAGAAGCGUUAUGCCAAUGAGAUGAACAGAACUCUGACGUAUGGAAAUGCCCCUGGUUCCGAAAGAGGAACGCCUGUGGCUCCAGCUACUGUGAUUCAGCAAGUGGAAGUGGUACCGACUACGCCAAACAUCAUGGGAGUUGGCGGAGCAAAGCCAGUGGCCACAGCCAUGUCUACGUUGCUAAAUCUUGCCAAAGGAGAAGAAAAAAUUGGGUUUUCAUCGGCAUUGAACUUCAUGAAACGAAUCACAUCAUCGUCAUCAACAUCCAACCCGUCUUCUCCGAAGAUGUCUGACACCACGGACGAGUCGAGCAGCAUACCUAGUUUACCCAGAACUCAAGAGAUACCCACCUUGAUAACCUCACGGGUGACUACUGGCAAGCCUGCUUUUAAAGAGAAAAGGAGCAAGUCUAAAAAGGACUCCACAGGAAGUUUAAAGGACAUUUCUGCCAAGGUUGGAGUUACACAAAACCUGUGGACAGAAGUACAGAAUCCCUCGAAAGCGGUCACUUCCGAGCUUUUGGGAAUGGUGUCGUAUGGUAGAUGGCAAUUCGUCUUUCCUCCGAGCGUCAAAAGACGGGCAAUCAAGUGGACCUCAUUGUCUUCUCCUGCAUCUCUGCCUACUCUGACUCCGGUAUUUCCUACUCUUGGAGACUUCAAUCAGAAUUUCACCUUCAGAAUCUACGAUGUCAUCCUGAACACCAAAGAGACCAACGAGAACAUGACCAGUUUUGACCUUAUGCGUGAAAUGAUUGCUUUAAGACUGACGCUGGGGUUUCAGAUUUGCGUCGGUGAAAAUGUUAAACGUGUGGAAAGCAAGCGAAAGCCUGGUGGUGAUGUUAACUUGCUGGUUUGCUACAUCAGCAAGCAAAACUAUCUGGGUUCUCGUAUAUAUAUGAGUUUGGGUGACGAAAUCCACCGGAUGAGCUGCGACUAUCACGGGAAUGUGAAUGUCCAGGUAUACCGUCGCUCAAAAGAUAUUUUUGCUCCUCUGAUGGUUGACAGAAGUACAGGUAUCGAGGAUUACAUUCCCAAUGUGAGAACAAGGUACGAUGAAGAGUUCCGCCCUGCGCUCAUCGGGACACUGAACGAGAGUCCCAAAACGUAUAACUGGAACCAGCUUGACCAGAUACUUGCUGGCUAUGACGACACAAUGGAAGAAAAUAAUAGGAGGUUCCACAGAAUGAAGUUCGUGAUUCUCCCAGCAGACGUUCCACAGACUUCGUUCCAACUGGCCAAUAAUGGUGAGAAACUUACACCUGAAGAGCUGAGAUUGGAAGGACUUCGGCUAUUAAUUAGCUCGAUUUUCAGAGGCGCUUUUAAGUCUUCAGAAGAGAAGAAACGCAUUGACGGCAGGGGCCGCAAGGUUGAGAUCUCACCAGAGAUCAGUUUUUAUACUGGAAAUUUGUUCGCAUUCUUGAACGAGCAAGCGGACUUGUACAGUGUGAAUGGUGAGACAAACAACACACUUUUUUCACGGACAUUAUUUGACAGAACAAUAUCAUGCGCAGAAAUAGCGCAAACUCUUCAAGGAGAGAAAGGAAUCCAGUUUGUGGACAGGAAGUGGCAUCUGAGAACCCAUGCCAACUGUUUUCUAGGGUCUGAGUUUGUGAGAUGGCUGAUCGAGAACUUCUCCGAUAUAGACACCAGAGAAGUUGCCGUUGACUUUGGAAACCACCUUAUGGAUGAGGGUCUUUUCAAGCACGUUGAAAGCAGACACAAGUUCCUGGAUGGCCACUAUUUCUAUGCGCUCAACCCAGAAUACGUUGAUAAGUCCAAUCCUACCAAGAUCGCCGAAAAAACCAAUUGGUUUGGCAAAAAGGCCGAGACUGAUAAGCCCAACAGCGAAAACUCUUCCAUCUCUGAUUCUGUGAAGUCAGGCGGAAGAACACCUUUGAAAAUGACGCCUCUGCUUGCUCCAUCAACCAGCAUCGAAGAUAUCAAACUAGCAGAUGCUUUGGCAGAAGAGCCAGAGGUGAAACGUGUUGUUCUGAGUAGAUCGCUACUGUAUGAUCUUGACCCCUCGGGAAAGUCAUAUAAGCAGGAGCUCAUGACUGUUCAUUUUGACAGAGUCCAUAAUCCAGACCAUUGCUUCCACAUUCGACUGGAAUGGCUCAGCACUACCAGUAAGCUGAUAGAGGACACCAUCAACAAGUGGGGUAAGCAUUGCGAUAGAUAUGGUCUCAAGCUGGUGGAAACACCAUGGCAGGAGCUUUGUACCCUUCCUGAAAGAAACCCGUUCCAUUCUUUCGUCAGACUGGCCUUGGCCCUGGACCCAUGGACGGACCCUGAAUUCGCUUCUGAUUUCUUGCGGCCAAUUCUGAGGAAAAACAAGUACUUUUACCACAUAUUUCUGCUGGAGAGCACAGGUUUCUUGCUGGACAACAGAACUGCUGUUUUCUUCAAGGACGAUUCGUUUGAUGUGUCUUAUUCCUGGGGAAAGCCCAAGUUUAAGUACGCGCAGUUCAUCCAUAAGACUGGAGCUUACAUCGCCGAGUUGCGGGACUCUGGAGACCUUGUCUUGGCCCCCAACAACACUCACGUUGCAAGAGUUAACCUGAAUAUCGGUGGUUCCGUGUCCACGCAAUCCGGCAAUGCGGUCAAUUACUACCUGGACUCACAACGGGUGAUGUUGGAGUUCAGAGCCGUCUGCAAGAACGAAGCCAAGCUGAGGGAAAUUUUCAAGCAAGCAAAGUCCCGACUUGCUUCUACGGAUGACAUAGACUUUGCCCUUUACGAUGGUAAUGAUUUGUGA